UUCCCUCAGUCGGCGUUCGCAGCUGCCUGCCGUGUGCCCCUCACCUUGCUGCGUGUCCCGGCGCUUCGAACCCAAAACAACCCGAGACCGAGGGAGACUAUACGCGCUACGCACAUGGGAGAAGGCGAGAUUUCUCACCCCACCCCCCAUUCCUCCGGCGCGUCGCACGAUGGCUUAUAUAUGAGGAGGACACUUUGGGGAUGUGGACAUAACACAAGUGUCUCCGCGGCGAGAAGCGCAUGAGAGAAGCCGACGCUGUCCGCCUCCUCCGACGCCGAGAAGGACUCCUCCCAGCCACCUCGGCCGUGACACCUCCGGUGAAUCGCUGAGAAAGGAUAACUGUGUUUUCUCUCUCUCUGUCUCUCUCCCUCCUCAUCACGCUGGAGACCGACGACCGCGUCUGACAUCGCCAUUCAAACACCAGCGACUCCCCGGUUGUAUGGCUUCCAAAAGUUGCGCGGAGAACAUGGACAUCUGACGUGCGCCACUCGGCGUCAUUUGGACACAUAUAGGGGCCUCUUUCUCUUCCCUCCAUCACACCUCGGACUGGCUAAUCCGCUGCGCUUUUUUGGGGGGUGGGGGGGCCUGGGGGGCUUUGGAGUAAGAAGAAGUACUGAGCUACAUCCAUCAGCUUUACCUGCAGAAGGCGCGGGACGUUAUCACACCGCAGAAGACACUCGCCUGUUGUGCUGCGCAAUUCACAGGCGCUGAUCGCUCUCUCUCUCUCUCUCUCUCUCUCUCUCUCUCUCUCUCUCUCUCUCUGUGUGUGUGUGUGUGUGUGGGUGCGCGCAACAGAGGGUCAUAUUUUUGUCAGCCCACCACGGAUUUGCCAGAGCUGACAUCCCGCACGAAAUAAAAGCCAAUGAUCCAUCUGGACCCUCGCCCCGCAACAGAGUGAAAACGCAGUGACGCGUUGGUUGCUUUUUUUUUUUUUUUGUAGCUUCCCAUCAACCCCGAAGAACAAGUGUCAUCCCAAGUGUCCACUUGAAUGGUCACAAUCUUGCCUUCUCCUUGUCGUCGUUGUGUGUGUGUAUGUGUGCCGUGCUCAUUUGUAUUUUGUGCAGCACUCACGCAGACUGCGCCAGAAACACGUCGGCCACAUGUGAGUGAGAGCCGUCACCUGUCCCGGCUGAAGCGCGAAGUGCAACUCGACUCGACUCGACCCGACACCGAAGAGGAAUACGUGCCGAACUUUCGCUGUAGUGAUGGUGCAAGUGGAAAUGGUCCUGUUCGUCUGCCUGGUGCUGCUGAUGUGCGUUUUCAGCCAGGAGCCCAGCUCCAAAGUGGUGGCCGACCGCUACGCCGUCUUCUGGAACCGGACCAACACCAAGUUCCAUCGUGGGGACUACCACAUCGACGUGUGCAUAAAUGACUACCUGGACGUCUACUGUCCUCACUACGAAGACACGGUGCCCGAGGAGCGGACAGAGCGCUACGUCCUCUACAUGGUCAACUACGAUGGCUACAGCACGUGCGAUCACACCUUCAAGGGCUUCAAGCGCUGGGAGUGCAACAGGCCGCACUCCCCGAACGGGCCGCUCAAGUUUUCAGAGAAGUUCCAGCUCUUCACUCCCUUCUCCCUGGGCUUUGAGUUCAGACCGGGCAGAGAAUACUACUACAUCUCUUCCACCAUCGCUGAGAACGGGAGGAAAACAUGCCUGAAGCUCAAAGUUUUCGUCCGACCAUCAAACAGCUGUGUGAAAACUAUAGGCGUACAUGACCGCGUUUUUGAUGUAAACGUCAAAGUAGACAAUACAUUAGAACCACGAGACGAUACCAGUCACGAACCAGCGGAGCCUUCCCGAAGUGAAACGAAUGCUGCGCCGCACCUGCAGAAAACAAGUCCGCUCCUGGCUUUGUUGCUCGUCUGCCUAGCGGCACUCUCCACUUUAUAGCGCCCCCCCUCUGUCCUGGAGGGCAUUAACACCUAGUGUGGCCUGAAUCUGCCCGAGGCUGCAGGGAAGGGGGCGGGCUUUGGCUGCAGCCUGUUUGCUUGAUCGGGCGUCAGAGCAGGCUUCUCAAGGAACCCUCUAUUUUUUUCAGAAAAAGUAUUUAAGUGGUCUUUCUCCGUCUGUGAGUGAUACAAGUUGAUGUUGGAAGGGGGGCACCGUUGCCCCCUCUUAAACUUUCAACUAAGAUGCCAAAUCUCGUUUUUUGACACUUAGUGAUUCUUAUUUUCCCGUGACUUGACAUCCCUUUAUAUCAAUUAUGUCAUUGCAGCACUGAUGUUUACACACACACACACACACACACACACACACACACACACACACACACACACACACGCGCACACACUGCUUACAGUACAAAAUUGCCUCUAACAGUCAAUAGCAGUAGGGUUUUUACAAAGUUGUACACAGUAGCAGCCUUACACAGUAGGAAAGUGAAGAUCUUAGGUCUUAGAAAUGAUUGUACAUACACAACUAGGUAGUUAACCCUGAGACCUCUUCAAGAAGCCUUUCAGAUUUCGUUCUGAUUAAAUUCUGCUUGGUCAUAGGAGGCAGAUUUCUUGCAGCACCAUUGUUGGACUGGGGAAGUGCAGUACAAAGUAGAAAAAUGAAGAUGUGUGUGGGGGAGUGAUGGUUUUAAGCUGAGGUGAGAUUGGGAAACCACAGCACUGGGAAUUUAAUUCCAUGGCAUGCACCACAGCCUAUAGAUCCUGAGACUGUGCCGGUUAAAAAUAUCAUGCGCAAAUUUCUCUCAAACAUAAAUUUUGUAUAUAUGUGGAUAAGCUACUUAGAGUGAGUGAGUGUAAAACCUAUAGAACCAUGAAGCAACUCUUCUUGUCCUCAUUUGAGUAUUUUGAGCUCUAUUCAAAGCAUUCGGUUCAAUUGGACUUUCUCACCAGACAUUUUGUGGACAGUUAAGGAUCAAUAUCAUUUGAAAGCUGAUCACACAAUUUCACGGCAACAGUCACAGAAAUUCCAUGCAGGGUUUACUACGCUGGGCCACAAUUGGAAUCUUUUCCAUUUGAGUUAUAGACAAUAAUAACACUACAGCUUUUUUCCAUCACUGUUGAUCGUUAAAGGGAUCAUUUAAAAAUGAUUCCCAGCCAACCAUUAAAUUAUUUGACCAUUACUUGUGUCUCCAGAUAUUGUCUUUGGCAUUGCAGACACUGUAAACUUGUUUUUUUUUCCUUUUUGUACUGUACUGUCAGAGGUCCACUCAACUGAGGACAUGGGUCAUGGAGGGGUGUUUGAAAAGAAACUUCAAUUAACAUUACUUUACUUUUUUUCCUCACAUCAUUGUCGUGCUCAUCAAAUAGUAGUUAGCCGGUUCUCACGUUCAGAUUCCAAAGUACCGAUGCAUGGCUCCAAUUAGUGGAAAAUAUCUGGAAGAGUAUAAUUCAUGAGUUAAAGGUAGUGUAUAGCUCUGCUUAGUCAAGCCAGGUUUAUGUUAGCACUUAUAUUUGUAGGAAUUCACUGUGUUUUAAUGAUAUUCAGUUUCCCCUCGACUCCCACAGAUGCACAUGGUGAGUCUCUUUUCAAAUGAAGGAGUAGUUAGAAGACUAGGUCGGUAACAGCCCGACUCUCAGAGCUCGGUUUUGUAUGAAAAAUGAGGCACCAAUUGGUUUGAAGAGAGAUAAUAAAAGAGAGAUACAGAGCAGGAAAGAGCGGCGCAGGCGCAGUUGCAUGUCCACCCUCAGCUCCUAGUGUUACUGGUUUAAGUAACUCUUUAAUGAGGUUCAAAAUGGCAGGCAUGCGGACCCCAUGUUGUGGCAAGGGGAGUUAUUUCUGGUAUUAAAAAUAGAUGGCGGAAGGCUUGGGGGGGUCUCGGGAGGGGGGGGGGGGUGUAGAUUUCCACUGUGGGGGAUUUUAAAGCACCAAUGACCUUGCAGUUUGAGAGAACUGGUGAGUGAAGGAGACAGAAAGAAUGAAACAGAAGAGGCGCACACAGGAGGUAGCCGGAGGCAGUGUGACUAAGAGUGCCUAACAAAGCAAACAACAAGAAAUCCACGCAACAAAACAGAUUCAAUGACAAACAUACUGUUCAGUACCAUUCAGUCUUAAAAAGGCAUGUAACUGUUUUCUUUUGGCUUUGUUUUAAUUUUUGUGGCUGCCUUUUUUUCCCACCGUUUUCUUUCCCCCCCCCCAAGAAAGACUGCCUUUGCCUUUUGCCAUUUUUUUUUUUUUUUUGUGCUAUGGUAACAAUGCUAUUGCAGUGGAAAUAGCAGCUCAGCUAUGGAGGGUAACAGGAGACCAGGCCAUUUAAUGAGGUACUAAUUUUCAGGAUAACACCACAGGGAACGAGCGCCACAUACGAUCCAAAAUGGACGCUUGUCGGCAGAUUAACACUAUCAGAAACCAGCUCCGACUGUACUCUCUUGUAGUUACCGACACUACUAUAUGUCAUCAUCGCUAUUAUUACCAUGGUUUAUUCUGUACACACCUUAACUUGGGAAAUGAGGAUCAACUUAUAAACUGGAUACCGUGUAUCCUGAGGUAGUCAACCAUAAAACAUGUAGUGUUAGGUUAGAAUCUGUUUUGUACCUUUCUUGAGGACAAAAGAAACAAAAAAAUAAACGAGAUACAUCAUUGUUAAAAGUGUAUAAUUAUUAUUAUUGUUAUGAUGAUGAUGAUUAUGACUAUUAUUAUUAUUAGGAAAACUUGAUGUAAAUAGUGUUUGAUAUUAAAGUAUUAAUUUGGUUCUUAUGUCUUUUCUAAAAAAAACAAACGAACACGGUAUUAUCUCUGGGUUUUGCGGAGUGUGUACUGUCCUCGAAACAACGCAUUGUGUGCUUUGAUCCUCAAUGCCUACUGACACGUUUGAGCUAAAACGAAGGGGGAAACCUGUGGGAACUGUGCACGCACCAGUGUACAGAAGGCUGGACAUAGCCAACAAGUGGCUCACCUGUUACAUGUUUCAAAACCGAUCACCGACCCUCACCAUCUCUUCACAUAAGGAUCCUGCCUUGGAAAGAAACACUUGGGACUCAGCGGACGGCCUAUGUGUACCUUUUUUUUUGUUUUGCCUUCGGCGUUGGAAAGCAUGUUGGUCAGCUACAAGGUCUGCCAUGAGUGGACUGUCGGCUCUUUGACUGCAGGAUCUCGCCGGCUUCAUUAAGUGGCAUGCGCAUGGACUUGAUGACAUGUAAAAGAAAAGAAGAAAAAAAAAAAAGAAAAAAAAACUAAGAUCAAGAAACGUUUUAAAAAGAAUGUUUUCUUUUGCUCUUAUUUUACCUUUUUAAGGCGUACUAUAGAUUUUUUGAUCACUUUCAUGCUGUGUGUUUUUGCAUCCCCCAUUUGAGUGACGUCAUUAAGAUGUGUAGUUUCAGAUGACAAGUGUACAUAACCCAAACCAUUGUUGUGAAGUUACAGUGGGGGUCAUUUUGUAGUUCAAGAACAACUUUGCUUUUUGGGUUUCCCAAGAAUGACUCUGUAUGUCUGUACUCAUCUACAGAAUUCAUCCCAUGUGGUUGCAGUCUGACUAUUCAUGACUCCCUCUGCCCUCGCAAGAGGAAGCGGUUGGGAGAGUGUACAUCGAUGUGCGGAUAUUUUCCAGUGCGGAAAAAAACAACAACGUGUGAGACCUUUGAGUGUGUGUGUGUGUGUGUGUGUGUGUGUGUGUCUGUCUCUUUUGCUGUUGCCGCAGUGAAUGGGAAGCGGCAACCCUCUUUGGCAAAGAAGAGUGUUUCCCAUGCCUUAGCCCUCCAGCCUCUGCCCUGGCAGCCCCGUCUGUGUACAAGACGCUUUCUGCCAUUGUGCUUUUACAUGGAAUGGGUGCUGGCGUCGGAGAGACUACAACAGGGCCCUUCACUUUCUCUCCCUUUUGAAAUGCCCCAGAAUCACUUGUCCCUCUGGUAUAUGUUGUUCCUGGGUACAGUUCAAGGAUUAGUGCAUCCCCCUCCACCAAAUCCUAAAGUGGAUUUUUUUAGCGGGGUAAAGCCCAUCAUCGAUCCGCGUUCUGUGCGAACAGGCAAAGCCUCUUCUUUUGUCAGCUACGCUCUUGCUGAUGAGCCACUUGUUUCAUCGUGUGUACUGUCCUGUCCCAUUCCUCCUUGUGCUUGUAUAACCUCCACCACACCACCUGCAGUCCUUGUUCCCUCACCUUUGAACCCCGCUCCCACUUUGCCAUCAGUGGGGAAUAUUUCCAACCUGCUCUUUUACAGUAUAUAAACCACAACAAAAAAAAUUUGACAAAAAAAAAAAGUAUCUGUAUUUGUAUAUACACGUGUCUGAGCAACUAUGAGUAAUACAAUAAAACAGAAAUACAUUGCUUUGAUGAUCAUG